CUCAAUUCCUGGGGAUCCAGUGUUCAAACCACGUCAAAGAGUUUUGCUGGCGUCGUAUUGCAUUAGCCGUUUGAUACCCGCAGGCGCGCCAAAGUCUCACUGCAGCUCCAAUCUUAAAAGGUGAGUUCGAAUAUCCAUCACCUCGAAGUAGCAUGUUCAGCUUGUAAGCCUCACCUGAUGCUGUGACUCUCAACAAUCGUGAACUGGGUGAGAAAUUGGUUCAUGUCCCAAGCCAGUGAAUGAUCAUAACAGUUGCCUGUGUGGUUCAUUGCUGCUUCUCGGGUGUAUCAAACUCGUUUGCAUUGACUGUGGAAUGUCUGGCCUUUCAUGAUUUCCAGCUAGACAUCAACUCUUUGCCGUUGUUGGCCAAACCAUCACGUCUUUCAGAUCUUACGGUCGCGAUGUGUCGUCCGAAUUGGCCUCGGGUACCGGCCCACUUGAGCUUUGCUAAAGGAGACAUUUGUCAACUUCUUUAACCAAACUAUUAUGUCGAACCUACGUAUUAGUACUCUAAUGGAUUGGAC